AUGUCGUGGGCUCCUUAUGUGGAAACCCUGGAGAAGGGUAAGGGACGGUGCAAGUAUGCAGGCAUCUUCGGUAUAUCGCCUGUUUCCCCGUGGGCCGAAUCCGCAAACAAAGAAUCAUUCCCCAUCACAGUCGACGACGUUUCCAAUCUCAUACGGGUCAUCAAAUCCCAAGAUAUGAAUGUUAUGGCCUCAGGUGUUAGGAUUGGAGGGAAUCUGAGUUUCACUUGUCUUAGAUUGGAACCAAAUAUCCUGGUAAUGCAAGGGAAGGGGGACAACAAAGACUAUAGUGUUGUUGUUGCAUUGUCAAAUCAGGCAUGCAUUAUUGGUUUCAAUCCCGAUGCCGACAUAAAAGCAGCCCAGGUGCGAGACAGCCUUGAGCAGUUGCGAGAUCAUUUGUGCGCUGCCUGCUAUUGA